AUGAAAACUGAAGCUUACAAACUCACGGCGACAGAAGUCAUCGCCAAAAUCCGAGAUGGCAAACUGUCAGUGGAAGCGUAUGCGGAGUCAUUACUAGCACGUAUCAAAGAGCGUGAUCCGGUUGUUAAAGGAUGGGUUUACCUCAAUCCUGAUCAAGUACUCUCUGAAGCUAGAAGGCUUGAUCAAAUCCCCAAGGAGAGCCGUGGGCCACUUCAUGGUGUCGCAGUGGGAGUCAAGGAUGUCAUCUACACGAAAGAUAUGCCUACUCAGUUCAACUCUCCCAUAUACGAGGGCGAUGCUCCUCAAGUCGAUGCAGCCAGUAUUAUUAUCCUGCGCAAGGCUGGUGCACUGAUUCUUGGUAAAACGACCACGACAGAGUUUGCAGCUACCACCCAAGGACCAGCUACCACAAACCCACACGAUAGUUCUCGUACGCCUGGAGGCUCCUCAUCAGGAUCGGGGGCAGUGGUUGGCGACUUCCAAGUUCCCAUCGCUCUUGGCACACAGACUGGAGGAAGUAUUAUUCGCCCGGCUUCUUUCAACGGCAUCUACGGUUUCAAGCCAACUUGGAACUCCAUCUCGAGGGAGGGCCAGAAGAUAUUCUCAAUCAUCAACGAUACUCUGGGUUUUUAUGCCCGCAGCGUGGCUGAUUUGUACCUACUCGCCGACGUCUUUGCUCUGGAGGAUGAUCAACUUCCGAACCAACCCGUUUUGCUUAAGGGACUUAAGAUAGGUAUCUGCAAGACAAUGGUAUGGCCCCAAGCAGGCUACGGUCUCGUAAAUGCGAUGAUCAAAGCUAUUGAGCUCCUUCGCUCGAACGGUGCCACGGUGACCGAAAUUGAGUUUCCAGAGCAUCUGCAAGAUUUGCCGGAGUGGUACUCCACCAUCCUCAGCUCUGACGGAAGAACGGCAUUUUUACCCGAAUACAGGCUUGAUAAGAGUCUUAUCUCCGACAAGCUUGUAGGUCACGUCGAGAACCACAAGAAGAUCUCUAGAGCUGCGCAGCUCAAAGCUUUCGACAACGUUGCUGCGGCGAGACCUGUGGUGGAUGAAAUGCUCAGCCAGUAUGAUGCUGUAUUGACACCUAGCGUACCGGAUGAAGCGCCCGAAGGUAUAGAAUCUACUGGAAGCGCAGCAUUUUGUCAGAUAUGGACUGUCCUACACAAUCCAGUAAUUAACCUUCCCGGAUUUAGGGGGUACAAUGGGUUGCCCAUCGGACUAUCACUCGUUGCACCUAGAUACCAUGACAGAAAGCUUCUUGCAGAUGAUAAGGGCAAAGCAGGAGAGGGCUUACAGAGUCCCAACCCAUGGUCCUCUCAAGUACCCGAAGCCGUUAUUCAGUUACUCAGUUACUCCAGCAAUAUGGGAGUUCUAAAACUCUUAAAACCACCAUAUUCUGUUUUACUGUAUCACCAAUUAUUGUGA